AAGAUUCUUCUCGUUUUUAAAUUGAGCGUCUGUCUUGCUUGGACUGCUCUCUUUGUUUCAUCCGGUAGAGACAGGCAGAUCGGGGGUCGCAGGUUGCUGCAGUCGUCACCACCAGAAUGUCGGACAAAGCAGCGUUUGACACCAACGUCAUUACCCUGACCAGAUUUGUGCUGGAGGAGGGCAGGAAAGCCAAAGGCACGGGGGAGCUAACAACGCUUCUCAAUUCGCUCUGCACAGCCAUCAAAGCCAUUUCGUCAGCCGUCCGGAAAGCUGGCAUUGCCAACCUAUAUGGCAUUGCAGGCAGCACCAAUGUGACUGGAGAUCAGGUGAAGAAGCUUGACGUCCUGUCAAAUGACUUAGUCAUUAACAUGCUGAAGUCGUCUUUCACCACCUGUGUUCUAGUCUCUGAAGAAAACAAAGAUGCCAUUAUUGUAGAGGCUGAAAAGAGGGGCAAAUAUGUUGUCUGCUUUGAUCCCCUGGACGGCUCUUCAAACAUUGAUUGCCUUGCGUCCAUUGGUAGCAUUUUUGCCAUCUACAGAAAGACCAGUGAUUCAGAGCCAAGUGAGAAAGAUGCUUUACAGCCUGGUCGUCACAUUGUAGCUGCAGGCUAUACUCUGUAUGGCAGUGCUACAAUGUUGGUGUUAGCCACAGGCAAUGGAGUCAACUGCUUCAUGCUGGACCCGGCUAUUGGAGAGUUCAUUCUUGUGGACAGAAAUGUGAGAAUAAAGAAGAAAGGAAAUAUUUACAGUCUUAAUGAAGGUUAUGCCAAAUACUUUGAUCCAGCCGUAACUGAGUAUUUGCAAAAGAAGAAGUUUCCUGAGGAUGGCUCUUCACCCUAUGGUGGAAGGUAUGUAGGAUCCAUGGUUGCUGACGUCCAUCGAACAUUAGUCUAUGGAGGUAUCUUUUUAUACCCUGCCAAUGCAAAAAGUCCUAAAGGAAAGUUGAGACUCCUGUAUGAGUGUAAUCCCAUGGCCUAUAUUCUGGAACAAGCUGGAGGAAUGGCCACAACAGGAAGUGAAAACGUGCUUGAUAUCCAACCAGAAUCAAUUCACCAGCGAGUGCCUGUGGUUCUGGGGUCACCCGACGAUGUGCAGGAAUACAUCAGCAUAUUCAAAAAGCAUGUAAGCAAAUAAACCAGCAAUUGCAGACAAACAAAUGAGGACUGGAAAGAUGGGCUGUGGAGAUGGAGGCCUGCCUUAAACACACCAAAGAAACGGAUGGGAGACUUUGGAGGGCUGACCAAACAUGAACAACUCUUAACUCUUUAUCCAAUUUGUGAACAAACAUUACUUUAAUAAAAAGUUAAUUUUUAUAUCCCAAA